AUGGCACUGACAACGCUGCUUCAUUUGGUUGCUUCCAUUGGCGUGCUGGGUUGCAUCUGCCACUACAUCAUCCAGAAAAUCCACUUCCGAGCCAAAUACAAGUUCCCCAACCCUGUCCCUGGGCUGCCCAUCGUCGGCAACAUGCUACAGGUUCCAAAGGAGGACUCGCGGAUGUACUUUGCGAAACUUGCUAAACAAUAUGGAGAAAUGUACACGCUGAAGCUCGGCACCAAUCGAUGGGUCUUUCUCAAUUCCAGUCGCGUGGUUAAUGACAUUAUGGAGAAGCGUGCUUCUAUCUAUGUCUCAAGGCAGAACUUGCCGAUGGCCGGCGAUAUUGUCUCUGGGGGCAAUCGCUUGCUCUUCCUUCCCCACAACGAGCUCUGGAAACGCGAACGGAAGAUCAUGCACGAAACUCUCGGGCCAGCAUCAAAGGACCGCUUUGCUCCCUCACAGGAUAUCGAGACAAGAACGCUCCUCCACGACUAUCUCACGCGACCGGAGCAGUGGCAUCACUCCCAUAGCCGGUACAGCAGCUCCGUCAUUAUGAAUGUGGUUUUUGGACGAAGGACUAAGCUGGGCGAUAAGACGGUCAACGACGUCGUUGACCUCCAAGAGCACUUCUUAAAGCUAUUGGAGCCAGGAGCCAGUUUCAUAGACGCGUUCCCAAUCCUAAUGAAGACGCCGAUUCCACAGUCCUGGCAGCCGUGGCGGUGGUGGGGAGAUACAGAAUAUCGGCGGACUAAAAAAGUGUUCGAGAUAGAAAUGGAUAGACUUCUCCAGCAUGAGAAGAACGGGACUGCGUCAGACUGCUGGAUGUCGCAACUCAUCCGGUCGGGCAAAGACAAGGAGUUUACUAGAGACCAACUACUAUUCAUGGCCGGUACUCUCAUCGAGGCGGGAACCGACACCACCCGCAUCUCCCUGAACCAACUUGCUGCUGGGUCGGCUCUUUUCCCUGACUGGAUCGAGCGCGCCCGCAAGGAGCUCGAUGCCGUGUGCGGCAGCAACGCAGAACGCCUCCCAGUCCCGGAGGAUGCCCCUUCUCUACCACUGAUCCGCGCGGCCGCAAAGGAGAGCCUCCGCUGGAACCCCUCCCUCGGCGAGAUCGCGCACUCCUUGACACAGGACGACAGCUACGAGGGCUACCACUUCCCCGCUGGCACCAACGUCACCUGGAACCACUGGGCCAUCGCAAUGGACCCCAACGAGUACCCGGAGCCUGAGCGCUUCUACCCUGAUCGCUUCCUGAACGAAGACUUGGAUAAACCCACCAAGGGCCACUUUGGCUUUGGUGUUGGUGAGUUUGCGCCUUACCAAGGGGGAUACACUUCAGGGCGGAGAGUAUGCGCUGGCUACGUCGUCGCCAAUCGGAACCUAUUCCUGUCCAUCUCGCGCCUAGUGUACUGCUUCGACUUCCUGCCCGUCGAGGGCCACCCGAUCCCCGUGGGCAAACCAUUCUCGACGAGGAUCAUGAACGCGCCCUUCCAGAUUAAGAUUAGGGUGCGCAGUCCAGCGCAUGAGGCUCUGAUCCGCAGGGAGUGCACAUCUGCUGCUUUCGACUGA